AUGGUGAAACACCAGAAGCAGAAACUGCAAAAUCCUUCGGAAAGCCAAGAUCUUUUCUGUCUUGAUCAGGAAACAGACAUCAUGGUGGGAGAUGAAGAAGAGGUGGAAGAAGAAUGGGAGGAGGAGGAAGAGGAAUUUGAAACAGAAACUGAAGACUCUGAGGGUGAAGAAAUGGAUGGGUCACUUGGAAAGGACAAUCUGAGAAACAGCCAGCCAGGCUUCCUUCAGAAAAUCAUGUUGUUCAUAGUUGGCUUGAAGAUCCUCUGUGAAAGUAUAUUCAAUACUGCUGGCAAAGUGGUGGCGGUGCUUCUGCUAGGACUAGCAGUAUUCAGUGCUGGACACUUAACUGCUCUCUAUCUGUACCAGCUGCCUUACAUUCAGUACCUUGUUCCCCCUGAGGACAUUUAUGUCAGGGAAGCUGAUGAGUACGUAGACGUGAAAAUGGAUAGUGAACUAUGGAUGACUUCAAAUGAAACUGACAAGGUGUCUUCUGCUUUGUGUGGAAGCUUGCAGGAUGUCUCUCUCUUGCAGUGUCAGAGCCGGAACAGCUGUGAUAUGAUUGCUUGCACCACUGAAGGAGACAGCAUUUUCCUGUCAGAAGAUACAAUACACCCGGCAAAUCCAACUGAUAAAGGAUAUGACAUUGAAGGAAAUGGAUCGAGUACCUUCUCAGCAUUGGCACAAUUCAUUAUGAAUCAGAGCUACAUCACUGCCCUGAUUGCCAUGAUGCAGCACAUGAUAGAAAAGCAAAGGCAGAGGAAAGAAGAAGAAUCGCUCAAGGAAGUGGCAGUAAAUGAAACUGAAAUAGAUCAACAGCACAAUAUCCUUCUGGAUAUCCUUGGAUCUCUGCUGAAGGGGAUGUUAGUGAAGUACUGGAUUUACUUCUGUGCGGUGAUGUUUUUUAUUGUCAGCUUCAAUGGCAAAGUGGCCCUGUACAAAAUUCUUUACAUUUUGCUUUUUCUGCUAAACGUUGCUUUGUACCAGGUUCAUUACAAGACAUGGAGACAGAUUCUAAAGGGCUUUUGGCUCACUGUUGUCUCUUAUUCAAUGGUGGUACUCAUUGCUAUCUAUUCCUAUCAGUUUGAGAUGGUUUCUGCAUUUUUCCUAAACACCUUGCAAAUAUCAGAAGAGAGAUUAAGAGAUAUGGGUCUUGAGCGAUUCAGCACUAUGGAGUUGUUCACAAGGAUUCUGCUUCCUGGUGCCUUUCUUCUGGCCUGUAUCCUUCAAUUGCAUUACUUCCAUGAUAAUUUCUUAGUGAUGACAGAUAUAAGCAGAAUUUCCAAAAGGCCAGCUUCUUCAUCUGGGAGACUGGCUGCUGAACAAUUACAGGAGCUGGAUCCAUCUGUGAACACUGUGGGGAAGAGUCAUCCUACUAAUUUGGAGGAAAACAUGAAUAAAUGGACAGAUGUGGUUGACAGUUUGGUGCCUCAUGUCCUGAAGUUCUUGACAACAGUUCAGUCAAUGCAAGCAUUUGCGUGGAGAGUUCUGGAGCUGCACAUCCUCAAGGUUACAUCUGUUUGGAUUGUCUGGAUCACUAUUCAGGAGGUGUCCUUGAUGAACUAUCUUUUCUUCAUUCUGUGGACCUUUUCUCUUCCAUAUGGGAAGCUUCGCCCUUAUGCUUCAAGAAUCAGUACAUGUUGGUCCUGCAUGAUGGUUAUCUGUAAAAUGAUAUACCAGCUGAAAUUUGUCAAGCCAAUGGAAUAUUCUUCCAACUGCACACAGCCACAUACAAGAGAGAAAGAUUUCAAUAAAUCAUUGCUGUACACUGCACCGGUUGACCCGGCGCGUUGGGUUGGAGGGUUCUUGAAGUGUAAUGACAAUGUACUUCCAUGUCUAAAGAGUCAUCUCACCAUCCUAAUCCUAAUGGCUCUUGAAGCAACUGUGCAUCGCCACCAAUGUUUCUACCGGAUACAGAACCAGUUGAUGUCACCUGCCACAGGGAGCCUUUUUCAUAACAUUGCUCGUGAGAAUUUGGAUGAUGGACUACUAAGUUGCAUCAAAUACUUUAUGAACUACAGUUUUUACAAAUUUGGACUAGAGACAUGUUUUGUAGCUGCCGUUAAUGUGAUUAGACAGCGCAUGGAUUUCUAUGCCCUUAUUCACGCCAGCUGGCUAAUUUACCUGUUGAGCUGCCAUCGGAGGAAGGCCAUAGCUGAAGUCUGGCCCAAAUACUGCUGCUUCCUUGCCAACAUAGUGGCUUUUCAGUAUCUGCUUUGCAUUGGUCUCCCACCUGCUCUCUGCCGAGAUUAUCCAUGGAGAACCUCCCAUUGGCUGCUCCACUCAAAUUUGAUUAAGUGGCUGUAUCUGCCUGAUUUUGCCAAAAGUCCUGAUGCAAAUUUCCUCCUGUAUGACUUCCUGCUUCUGCUCUUUGCCUCCCUCCAAUGGCAGGUGUUUGAGGAUGAGAAUAAACCUAUUGUGAGGAUGCAAGCUGGAGAUAAUGUAGAAAUCAGCCGAGAGCUCGAUCCGAUGGACCUCAAUGAGUACAGUCCAGUACCAAGCUUUAUCCAUUGCAGGUCUUACCUGGAUUUGUUGAAAGUGUUUGUGUUCAGAUAUCACUUCUGGCUUGUCCUUUGUCUUAUUUUUAUGACUGGGACAACAAGGAUUAACAUUUUUUGCGUGGGCUAUCUUGCGGCCUGUUUUUAUUUCAUGCUCUUUGGAGGAAGCCUUCAGCUGAGGCCAGUAAAAGAUAUCCUCAAACUAUGGGACUAUCUGAUUGCAUACACAGCUUUGGUCAUAACAGUGAAGAACCUCCUUGCUAUUGGAGCUUGUGCCUACCUUAAUAAAUUGCAAAGAAACCAUUGUUGGUUGAUUCAUACAUUUGGUAUGUUCUGCACAAUAUCAGGAUAUAAUGUCGAUCCACCUGAUGAUGAGAUAUGUGAACUGCCCGAGAAGGAUGCAGGGAUCAGUUGGGAUGCAAUAUGCUUUAUGUUUCUGCUGAUCCAGCGUCGGAUUUUCACAAGCUACUAUUACCUCUAUAUUGUAGCAGAUCUCAAGGCUGCUAAGAUCUUAGCUUCCAGAGGAGCACACCUAUUUGAAGUAAAACUGAAGAAAACGGUGGAUCUCAGGAUUGAAGAAGAGAGAAAAUCAAUGGAAACUAUGAAGAGGCAAAUGGACUUGAUGAAGCCAAAGCAGAAAAAGGUUAACGGCUUGGAGAAAAGAGCAACAGAAACAGAAACUAUGCGAGAAUUUGAAAGAGAGAAAGAUUCUGAAGAUGAUGGUAGCAAGAAAGAAAAUGAAGGCAAGAAGACAUGGUGGCAGCCCUGGGUGACUCACACAACAAUGAUUCGAGGUGGGAACUACUGCCUUUUUGAGACAGAUAGUGAGGAGGAAGAAGAGGAAGAACGAGUUGCUGAAAGAAAGGAAGAAGACGCCCUGAAGAAGAAGAGAACAGCAUUUCAGCUUGCAUAUGAAGCCUGGAUAACAAGUUCAAAAUCAGCUCUAAAAAUGAGAGAGCAAGAUGAAAUCAGAGCGCAAAAGAAAAAAGAGGAAGACAAGGAGGAAGAGAAGCAGAGUCAAUUGAAAGAAGCAGAAACCAAUGAAGACAAUUUGGAGGCAUCACACACUGGGGAAGAACUAGAUGAACCAGAAACUAUCGUGCAAAGAGUAAUCAACAUUGUCAAGUUUAUCUGGGUCUUUAUCCAAGCAUUGUUGGAUGAUACCACGGAAGCACUGAAUUCCCUGUGUAAAGGCGAUCUGGACAUAGCAAAUGUGCUGAGAACGGAAAAGUGUGUACUUUGGCGAGAGAUUAACAAGGGGAAAGAAGCCUCAGCAGACACUGUUCUUCAGUAUUAUAACUUCAAGGAAAGCCAGUCACAGUAUGGAGAAAAAUCUCCCAGUCUGAGGAUGUCUUCAUCAGACAUGGAAGAGCCAACAAAUUUCCCAUUUACUAGAGAUAAAGAAGCAGGCUGGCCUCUGAACAAAGUUCCUGCUGUGAUGACAGCCAGUGAACUGCUUCUGAUUAGGACUUUUCAUGACAAUGAACUGGAGCAGUCGGAUAAAUUUUACCAGCGUCUUCCCCGCCUCUUGAAGCUGGGAAUUGCUUUGUACAACACCAUGGAGUCUAAAUCGGAAAUGCUGUGUUAUUUUGUGAUCAUUCUAAAUCACAUGGUAUCUGCUUCCAUCCUCACUUUGGUUCUUCCUAUAUUGAUAUUUCUGUGGGCAAUGUUGUCCAUUCCAAGGCCUACAAAGUUCUUUUGGAUGACCGCCAUCAUUUACACUGAGAUAACAGUUGUGGUGAAGUGUUUUUCCCAGUUUGGAUUCUUUCCUUGGACCACUAAGAUAUAUUGUGCCCUCAAUGCCGAAGAGCCGUUUGUUUUGCCAAAUAUUGCUGGAAUCGAGAAGAAGGAUGGCUAUGUACAUUAUGAUCUGGUACAGCUACUGGCUUUGUUCUUCCAUAGGUAUAUCUUGAAGGGCUAUGGACUAUGGGAUUCUAAAGGUGUCAACAUACUGAACACCAAGGAAAAGAGUGGGAUGGAGAGACCAAAGAAGAAAGGGCACAGAGACCGUCUGAAGGAAGACAAAGCCCUAAAAGAGGCCAAGAAGAAAUGGAGCUGGUUCAGGAAAAAAACCACGGGCAGGAAGAGACUUACCAAGGAAACAUUAUACCAGCAGAUACUAAAGGCAAAGAAGUUGGUGAUUAAAAUUGCUCUGCAGAUCUACCGGCCUAUCAAACAAUUCUUUUAUGACAUUAUUCACCCUGAAUGCAGUCCAAUCUGCGAUGUUUAUGCCAUCAUGUUCCUAGUUGAUGUGAUUAACUUCAUUAUUGUCAUAUUUGGCUACUGGGCCUUUGGUAAACACUCAGCUGCUGCUGAUAUCACAGAGUCCCUUUCAGAAGAUCAGGUACCCGAAGCUUUCCUUGUGAUGCUCUUGAUACAGUUUGGGACAAUGAUCGUUGACCGGGCAAUCUACUUGAGAAAGAAUAUGUUUGGGAAAUGCGUUUUUCAAGUGGUUCUUGUCUUUGGCAUCCACUUUUGGAUGUUCUUCAUCUUGCCUGGAGUAACAGAAAGGAGGUUUAACCGGAAUUUGGUUGCUCAGCUGUGGUACUUGGUUAAGUGUAUUUAUUUUGGUUUGUCAGCAUAUCAAAUCAAGUGUGGCUACCCCAAGCGAGUCUUGGGCAACUUUCUGACUAAGAGAUACAACUGCAUAAACCUCUUCUUAUUCCAAGGAUUUCGACUGGUGCCUUUCUUGACUGAACUGAGGGCUGUCAUGGAUUGGGUUUGGACUGACACCACCCUCAGCCUGUCCAGCUGGAUUUGUGUAGAGGAUAUCUAUGCCAAUAUUUUUAUCAUGAAAUGCUGGAGGGAAUCUGAAAAGAAAUAUCCCCAACCUCCUGGGCAGAAGAAAAAAAAGAUUGUGAAAUAUGGGAUGGGAGGUUUCAUUGUCUUUGUACUCAUCUGCAUUGUGUGGUUCCCAUUGCUUCUUAUGUCACUGGUGAAGUCAGUGGCAGGAGUAACUAAUCAGCCUCUGGACGUAUCUGUCAAAAUUACCAUCAGUGGUUAUGAAUCCUUAUUUACCAUGAGUGCUCAGCAGCAAAACCUGGUUCCUUUCACUCAGGCAGCCUAUAAUGGACUCACCACGCAAUAUGCUCUUUAUCCUUCCGCCAUGCAGUUUAUAGUCAACUAUAAUCCCGAGGACAUUGUAGUGGCGAAAAUAAAAGGCAAUGCCAGUCUGCUAUGGAAUAUUAGUCCUGGAAGUCGGAAAGCGAUGAUAGCUGAACUCUCCAACUCUUCUGCAAUCUAUGUCAACUUCCACUGGACUAUUCUCAGAAAUGCGUCUCUUGUGAAGAAUACUGAAGCAUUAGGCAUACACACUGUGAGAUAUGAAGAGAAAGAAAUACGGGAGCAAGUCAUUGGAAUGCUGUGUGGGACCAGAAAAGACCCAGUAUUACUUCCUGGUGUAUUACCAAGAUAUGUGAGAGCAACUGGAGGAGCAGAAGCCAAAAUGGCACACAGAUUGCAGGUUGCCCAUUCUAGUCACCCAAAGGACAUUGACAAGAUGGCAUUUUUCAGAAACAUAACAAUAGAGUUGCAGCAGCUGCCUGACAAGAGCACUUCAAGCCAUGUGCCCGAAUGGUGGAUUGUUAAGGAGCAAAGACCUGGCUGCUUGGGAAAGGAAUGCAGUAAAAACAUAGAACUCUUUAUCUACAAUGAUAAGGCCAGCCCUUCCAGCCUGGGAUUCCUGGCAGCACAUGGCAUUGUUGGCCUCUACAUGUCUGUUGUUCUGGUCGUUGGAAAGUUCAUCCGAGAGUUUUUCAAUGGAAUUUCGCGUUCCAUCAUGUUUGAAGAGUUGCCAAAUGUGGACCGCAUCCUGAAACUCUGUACUGACAUCUUCCUGGCAAGGGAGGCGGGAGAACUUGAGCUGGAAGAGCAGCUCUUUGCCAAACUCAUCUUCUUGUACAGAUCUCCUGAAACAAUGAUUAAAUGGACCAGGGAAGCCAAGGACAAAUAGAACCAGGGCACUCAUCUAUUUAUCUGGGUAUUUGAGGAACAAAGGUGGCAUGUUAGAAUAUUCAUAUCAUUCAGGCAAAUUCAGUGCAAUAUUUUUACUAGUAUAAACCAGGCAUGGGCAAACUUCAGCCCUCAAGGUGUUUUGGACUUCAACUCCCACAAUUCCUAACAGCCCGUUAGGAAUUGUGGGAGCUGAUGUCCAAAACACCUGGAGGACCAA